AUGAAGAUGGAGAAUCAGAUGAAAGGGCUCCAGACCACGCUCAGACAGAUAGAAGACGACAGGAAGACCAUUAUAACCAGGAACUUCCAGGAGCUGAAGAACAAGAUGGAUGAGCUGCAGCCUCUGAUCCCUGUGUUGGAGCAGUACAAGACAGACGCCCAGCUCAUCUCCUCCUUUAAAGAGGAGAUCAGGAACCUGUCUAUGGUGCUCACAGCUAUUCAGGAGGAGAUGGGGGCAUACGACUAUGACGAGCUCUACCAGAGGGUCCUCAGACUGGACAGCAGGCUGCACAACUGCAUGGGCAAACUCACAUGUGGGAAAUUAAUGAAAAUCACUGGACCUGUAACAAUAAAGACAUCUGGCACCCGGUUUGGAGCAUGGAUGACUGACCCACAGGCCUCUCAUAGGAACAACAGG